AUGGGACCGCCUGUGAAACGACGCAAGGUGACCAGCGCCACUGAAGAGAUCAAUUUCGAUCCUACAGCCAGACAUGAUUUCCUCACAGGCUUUCACAAGCGCAAGCAACAGCGCAUAAAAGACGCCCAGGAAUACGCAGAAAAGAAAGCUCGCGAGGAAAAGAGAGAGGAUCGCAAGAAGAUUCGCGAGAACAGAGCGGCAGAGAUCCAAGAGGCGUUGGAGGCAUCUAAGAAAAUACUCCAGCAAGCCCGCGGUAGUGAUUCAGGUUCGGGGAGUGAUGGUGAAAGCGAAGACGAAUGGGAAGGAUUCGAAGAACCGAUUCCAGUCGACUACGAGGCGGAGUAUAUUGAUGAAGACAAAUACACGACCGUUACCGUGGAGGAGAUGGGCACUACGAGAAACGACUUUCAGAGCAACAAAGAAUAUUCUCCGACUGGUGACGAUGUCGAUCACAAGGCUACUAGCAGUAGUACCGAGAAAAGUGAUAAGCCGGCCAAGCCUCGUCAGAAAGCAAACAGCGAAAAGAAGAGGAAGAAGAAGUUUCGCUACGAAUCAAAAGCAGAGCGCAAGGUCACCCAGAGAAAGGAAAGGAUGAGCAAUCGAAAACAUGCAAAAUCGCGACAAGACAGUUGA